GCGCGUAAACUCGUUAGUCGCGUCGUCGCAUAGUAGUGGUGUAUACCUAUAUACGACGUGAGGCCACAUUAGAGAGAAAGAGAACGGCAAAAGAAAAGACGACGGGACUCAAAAACCUAACGCGACCAGAAACUCGCUUUUGUUUCGCCGUGUGUAACGUAUGCGUGUUAUAUGACAAGAUAGCUGAUGUCACAAAAAGAGAGAAGGAUAGAGAAAGAGAGAGAGAAAGAGAGAGAGAGAGAGAGAGAGAGAGAGAGAGAAAACGAAGGUGAAUAUAAGAUGUUUAAUCUAAUCGCAUUGAAAAUAUAAAAAAUUGUUACCAUCGAUGAAACCUAUUAUUGGGUGGGAUACUUUCGAAGUAUUAUUUACAAUAGAUUUGUCGUCAAUAAAUUUGCACCGGGCAAACAGGUAGUUGUUGGGAGAGUAGGACACCGUUUCUGAGCCUGUAACUUUCAUCGUAAUUUACAACUUAGAAAGAAAAUCUGUGUCAUCGCUAUUAUCAUCAUCAUAAUCAUCAUUAUUAUUAUUAUCGACGUUGAGAAAAGAAAAGGAAAAGAAAGGAAGUGUGGACGAUUAACAAAGACGAAGAGGACGAAGGAGCGAUUUUUGAAUCGCGUCGCAGAUAUUAAAAAUAAACAGAAAGAAUGGAUCAAGGAUUUCCGGGUCAACAUACGACAACAACCACCGUCACUACUUCGACGACCACCAUUCAACCUAAUGUACGAUUUGAUCCAUCUUAUGUGAGAACAUUACCGGGUAUUCUCAAAAUUAUUCAAGUGAUAUUAAAUCUCUUGGGAUUCAUAUGCAUCACUGUGUCGAUUUAUAGCAGCCACAGUAGAGGAGGAUGGUUCAAUACCGUGGCUAUGGGUGGCUUUUGGUUUACCGGUGUUCUUCUUGUUCUUUAUUUAUUCCAUAUUGUUGAGAAGUUUUCCAGAAUUCCAUGGUUAAAAAUAGAAUUCAUAUUCUGUUCGAUUUGGACGGCGUUCUAUCUUCUGGCUGCUUCCUUAGCAGCUGAUUACGGCCGGAUUUCUGAAUCUUUCGCCGUUGCAGCGUUCUUCGGUUUUUGUGCCAUGGUAGCGUAUGGUUAUGACGCUUGGUUGAAGUUCACUGCAGCGAAAAGUGGAGCUUUGGCUCAGGGUCAACAUAUGCCAAAACAAGUUUCAACCGUUACCAGUCCCGCAUAUUAAUUUUUAUAGGUAUAUAUUAAUAUAUCUGUAAUAGUUGAUGACGAAUGAAGAAUAUGAAGUCAGUUCAAUAUGAAUCUCCUUGGACGAUCUACAUUGGAUUCGCGAAUGAUCAUCAUUGAAGCAAAUGUUUUUUUUUUUUUUUAAUUUUACACGAUAUUAGUAUUAGGCUAUAAUAAGUUAUUAUUAUAUCGAUCAUUUAUUUAUCUCAUUCGAAUCUCCUUAGUCGUAUCUGAUGAGAAUGAUGUGGAUGACGCGUUGUUCGAUGUUUGUAUAGUUGAAACGAGUAUACAAACACAAAGCUCUUUAUUUCUCCGCUUCUCUUUGUUGUAAGAUGUCUGAACAUAAAACCUUUAAUUCCUUGAAAGUUUUCAAGAAUAGCAUAUAAUAUUUAAAUAUCUAUAUAAAAAAAAAAUUAACUAUUAAUUUUACAAAUGGAAUGAAUUUAAUAUUCUUAUCAUAUAGCCAGGACGACUAAUUUUUAUCUGUCUUAUUAAUAUAUCUUUUUUUCUACCUUCAGAUUCCGCGCACCUAAAAAGAAUAAUUAUUAUUAAAUGCGGCGACACCUUUGAACUUGCCGAUGACCAAACUUUUUUUUAAAGAAAUUCGCGUUUUUUCAUAAACGUUUGAACGUGGGAACACAAGUAAUUAAGUUUAGCGAUAAUAUCGACUAUCGAUUGUUAAUGUUUAGAUGAUAUUUAAUAUUGUUUAUUUAAAUCAGUAGAGUUGAUCGUUGUUCAUUGUUUAUUAAAGCAAUACCUAUAAAAUCGAACAUUUACGUAUAUCAUACAAACGAACACAUAUCCUUGUUUUUUAUACUCAUCGUAUACGUAAACUUUUUCGAAUAUGUCCUCUGCAUUAUGGGCAAUGUCUAGUAUAUAUGUAUGUAUGUAUGCAUUUAUAUAUAUAUUAUGAUAGUUUCGCCACAUAUCGUAAAAUGUUACGCUUAUGAGGUCAACCAGAAUUAAAUGUUGCUUUACGAUAUGCCUUAUCAUAUCAGCAUUUUGAUGGGCCAUCGUUUGGACUUGUCAAGAAAAUAUUUUAAAUACGCUUAGCAUUUUUAUGAAAAAGGCGAUGCCUUAUAGUAAAUAUUUACGUAAAAUAUGUGAAUCAUAUAUAAAAAAAAUGUUGACCAAAUAAUCCAUAUAUAUAUAUAGAUAAUUGUUACGAAUAAAUUAUUUAAUCGUUUCACAUUACUCAUAUCGUGAUUCAUACGAUCACGUUAAAAUUGUGCGCGUAAAAUGCACUGUAAAUUAUAUUUUUAUUAAUUUUUAUUCGAUCGACUCGAUACAGGUACAUCAUAUGUAUAAAUAUAUAUAUAUACGUCGUAGAUAUAUUAAACUAAAUAACUAAUUUAUUAAUCUUCAGCGACGUGAAUGCGUGUAUGUCGGCGGAGCGGAGUGUAGAAGGGGGGGAGAUAUAAAUAGACGAAAAUAAAAUCAAACAGAUAAAAACA